CGUCCCUCUCGUCUCGUCACUCGGUUCGCAACAAGCGGGGGGGCGAUUACAAUGGCCUCGGUACCCAUCUCCACGCCCUUGGGCUUCGCAGCCGCCGCAUCCUCCUCCGCCCGCUCCCGCUCCAUCAAACCGGCUCCUCCCAGAAACAUGUUCCAUCCCUAUGCUUCGCUUGAUGUCCCCGGAAAGAACAAUCAGGUUCACAGUUUGUCUUUGAAGCUCAGCGAACUUCAACAUCGUUCUUUUAGGCAUGAUGCAGUCAUAGAAGCAAAACAAGGAAAUCCACCUAUAAUGCCUGCUGUCAUGACGCCAGGAGGACCUUUAGAUCUUUCCUCCAUAUUAUUUCGCAACCGCAUAAUCUUCAUAGGACAACCUGUUAACUCGCAAGUGGCACAACGAGUUAUUUCGCAACUUGUGACGCUUGCUACUGUUGAUGAAGAUGCUGAUAUUCUGAUCUAUGUUAACUGCCCUGGUGGAAGUACCUACUCAGUCUUGGCAAUUUAUGAUUGUAUGUCAUGGAUAAAGCCGAAGGUGGGAACCGUAUGCUUUGGAGUAGCUGCUAGCCAGGGUGCGCUUCUUCUUGCUGGUGGAGAAAAGGGGAUGCGUUAUGCUAUGCCUAAUGCUCGCAUUAUGAUACAUCAACCCCAAAGUGGAUGUGGGGGUCAUGUGGAGGAUGUUAGGCGUCAAGUAAAUGAAGCUGUUCAGUCGCGACAUAAAAUUGACAAAAUGUAUGCUGCUUUUACUGGUCAACCUCUGGAGAAAAUACAACAGUACACUGAUAGGGAUCGAUUCUUCUCUGCCUCUGAGGCCUUAGAGUUUGGUCUUAUUGAUGGGAUCUUGGAAACAGAAUAUUAGCAAGAUCAUAUGUUGCUGAUAACCCCAUCUUCAUGGAUGCUCAUUAUUUACGGUCAAGUUAGCCAGAAUGGUUUAAAAGAUGAAAGCCAUUGAUGAGCAAGGGAAAAUGUGCAGGAAUCAUGCUUUGAUGUUUUAAUGCAUGUUAAGAUCUUUUUAAUUGAUGAUCCUGAAAACUUCCAUAGCAGGGAACCUCAUGGUUGACUCACCUAUCUGUGGUUAUUUGUUUUGAUGUUCUUCACAUUUGUUUCAAUAGUAUGUUCUGAUUACUUAUUAAAGCUACCACUUGUGCUUAAGAUGGAUGAGUAUAUCCAUUGACCCUGGAGAUGAAGAUCUCAGUGUUUUCAGAUU